UACUCAAGCUUCACAGGAGGAGAAUGGCAACCCAACCGCACAAUAAGAAGAAAAUUUGUUACUACUACGAUGGUGACAUUGGCAAUUAUUACUAUGGACAAGGGCAUCCCAUGAAACCUCACAGGAUACGCAUGACACACAACCUUAUUUUAAACUAUGGACUCUACAGGAAAAUGGAAAUAUAUAGACCACACAAAGCCACACAAGAGGAAAUGACAAAGUUUCACAGUGAUGACUACAUUAAAUUUUUACGCAGCAUUCGACCAGACAACAUGUCUGAUUAUAACAAACAGAUGCAAAGAUUCAAUGUAGGAGAGGACUGUCCCGUCUUUGAUGGGAUGUAUGAAUUUUGUCAGCUUUCAACAGGUGGAUCAGUUGCUGGAGCUGUGAAGCUGAACAAACAGGCUGCAGACAUUGCCAUUAACUGGGCAGGAGGACUUCACCAUGCUAAAAAAUCUGAGGCUUCAGGAUUCUGUUAUGUCAAUGACAUUGUUCUGGCUAUUCUGGAGCUUCUCAAGUACCAUCAGCGUGUGUUGUAUGUGGACAUUGAUAUUCACCAUGGUGAUGGAGUGGAGGAAGCCUUUUACACCACAGAUCGUGUCAUGACUGUCUCUUUUCACAAGUAUGGGGAAUACUUUCCUGGCACAGGAGAUCUCAGGGACAUUGGAGCAGGGAAGGGUAAAUACUAUGCUGUCAACUUUCCACUAAGAGACGGAAUUGAUGAUGAAUCAUAUGAGUCCAUAUUUAAACCAGUAAUGACUAAAGUUAUGGAGAUGUACCAACCUAGUGCCAUUGUUCUACAAUGUGGAGCUGAUUCUUUGUCAGGAGACAGGCUGGGCUGUUUCAACCUUACUCUAAAAGGACAUGGUAAAUGUGUAGAGUACAUGAAGAAAUGGAACCUGCCACUGCUUCUACUUGGAGGGGGAGGAUACACAAUCAGAAAUGUGGCCAGAUGUUGGACUUAUGAGACCUCUAUAGCACUGGGGGUGGAAAUUGCUAAUGAGCUGCCAUACAAUGAUUACUUUGAGUAUUAUGGACCUGACUUUAAGUUACACAUCAGUCCCUCAAACAUGGCAAAUCAGAACACAGGAGAGUACAUGGACAAAAUCAAAACACGUCUCUUUGAGAAUCUGAGAAUGCUGCCUCAUGCUCCAGGUGUUCAAAUGACAGCUAUUCCUGAAGAUGCUUUGAAUGAUGAAAGUGGAGAAGAUGAAGACAAAGAAAAUCCAGAUGAAAGGAUUUCUAUUCGUGCCAGUGACAAACGUGUGACAGGAGAGGGGGAAUACUCUGAUAGUGAGGAUGAGGGGGAGAGGAAAGACCGGGCCAGCUAUAAACCUAAAGCUAAGAGGAUGAAGACCGAGAAUGAGGAAAAGAAAGAGGCAACAGACAAAGGUGCAAAGAAAGAAGACAAAGAGGUGAAGAAAGAGACAGAAAAUAAUAAAGAGGAAACAAAAGCUGUCGAGAAAAGCGAGGAGAAAUCAGAUACAGCUGAGAAAAAAGAGUCUUCACCAGCUAGUGUUAAAGAGCCAGCAGCAGAACCUAAGGAAUCCAGUGACUCAAGCAGUACGCCACAGAAAAUGGAACUCUGAUAUAUGGGACUUUUUAUCAAUAUCAACAAUUUUGUCAUUUUCACCAAGUCUAGGGACGUUUGUGCAGCUGUAACAUCUUUGAAUCUCACCAUCAACAUUGUGUGUCACCAAGGAUAUGAUAUCAAAUUCAUAAGGAUUUUAUGCUUUAUACAGAAAUUGCAUCUCUUGAAUGUACAGAUCAUUUAAUAAAUAUUAUGAACCAUCAUUAAA